ACCGCAUCGGCAUCGCAUUUACUUGUACUGUUGCUUUAGGUUGAAGUGGACGGUGAACAUCUCAUUUCAGUAGUUAAAAUCCUCAAGUUUUUAAGUGAACAAUAUAUUUGUUGAAUUUAAUUACGUACAAACCUUCUACUAUUAUUUAGAAUAUACCUAAAUAAGUGAACUGAUUUUAAUCUCAUUUUCGUAUUGUUGCAUUAUUUGAUACCGGAUUACCUUAUAUCGUACUGCUUGAAACAACAUCAAAUUCAAAAUGCUACGUGAACUCGAUAUAGCAUCGCUGAAAAAGGAUUCUUUACUACCUUCCAUGCCGAAAAAGCCGGUCGAUUACAAGAAGAAGAACCUGAAGGGAAUGCCCGAGCGGUUUCUGUUCGAGUGCGCCAUCAAACUGAGCAUGAAACCGCUGACAUCGGCCACGGCAGCGAUCCUGUUCCAUCGAUUCUUCCGAGAAACAGAUGAGUCGGAAUAUGAUCCCUAUAUGAUUGCCUCCUCUUGCCUCUAUCUUGCUGGCAAGAUCAAGGAUGACCCAGUGAAGAUCCGUGAUGUGAUCAACGUUGCGCACAGUACCAUCAACCGUGGAGCCCAACCCCUUGAGCUUGGCGAUGAGUACUGGUCCAUGAGGGACACCAUAGUGCAGGCCGAGCUGUUCAUUACCCGCAUCCUCAAGUUUGAUCUGACAACGGUACACCCCCAUAAAUACAUGCUGCACUACAUGAAGUCUCUUCAGGAUUGGUUCGGCGUCAAGGAGUGGAACUCGCUACCGGUGGCCAAAACAGCCGCCUCUUUCUUACAGGAUUCUCACCACAGCGCCAAGAUUCUAGACCACAAACCCGACCAUAUUGCCGUGAGUUGUUUAGCAUUGGCGUUCCAAGCUUACGGAGUUCAAGUUCCACUUACCGAUGAUGUGGAUGAAACAACCGCAUGGUACAAUAUUUUCUGUACUGAUCUAACCCGUGACAAACAUUGGGAGAUAAUGGAGGACAUCGUGGAAAUCUACAACACGGAAGCAGAAAUUGAUGAAACGGAGGAGUGACAAGACAUUGAUUUGUUGCCAUCAGUAUAAAACACAAGAGGCUUCAGCGCACUGACCGCAUCCCAUCGAUUUUGUUUUUCUUAUGUUUCGGGCAAUUUCACAAUUUUUAAAUAUUUUCGAAUAUUGAAGUACAAGUGAGAGUAUUAUGACUCAUUUUCAACGCCUCAUCGACACCGUCUAGUUGUCAGAAUAUCGAAACUGUCUCUUUUCAGGCGGUUGAUAAUUGCUGCAAACACUCUUCCCGUUAACUUAAAAAUGAUGCAAAUUUUCGCUAAUUUGUAAGUGAUAAGUCGGUGAUGAUGUUCGGAUUGCUGUCUGUUAGUGGAGUGGAAAGAUCUGUCUAUCUAUCGACACCAAGUGACAUUCUGGCAAUCCAAUAUCUAGAGUUAAGAUUCGUUAUAGGUUUAUGACGCCAUAUACUUUUUUGUAUUAUUUCUUUAGUUCAUCUUCAUUUCAUUGUUCAAAGUAAAGAACGUAAAGCAUUUGCAUACUGAUAACUAGAUUUUUCAAAAUAAACUGUACAACUAUAUACAACUGCA